AUGCACGACGGACGGCUCCAAGGUGCCCAGGGCUCCAAGGGUACCCAGGGCUCCAAGGGUGCCCAGGGUUCCAAGGGUGCCCAGAGUGCCCAGGGCUCCAAGGGUACCCAGGGCUCCAAGGGUACCCAGGGCUCCAAGGGUGCCCAGGGCUCCAAGGGUGCCCAGGGCUCCAAGGGUGCCCAGAGUGCCCAAAAUGCCCAGGGUUCCAAGGGUGCCCAGAGCUCCAAGGGUGCCCAGAGUGCCCCAUGUGCCCAGGGCUCCGAGGGUGCCCAGGGUGCCCAGGGCUCCAAGGGUGCCCAGGGUUCCAAGGGUGCCCAGAGUGCCCAAGGUGCCCAGGGCUCCGAGGGUGCCCAGAGUGCCCAGGGCUCCGAGGGUGCCCAGGGUGCCCAAGGUGCCCAGGGCUCCGAGGGUGCCCAGGGCUCCAAGGGUGCCCAGGGUUCCAAGGGUGCCCAGAGUGCCCCAUGUGCCCAGGGCUCCGAGGGUGCCCAGGGUGCCCAGGGCUCCAAGGGUGCCCAGGGUUCCAAGGGUGCCCAGAGUGCCCAAGGUGCCCAGGGCUCCGAGGGUGCCCAGAGUGCCCAGGGCUCCGAGGGUGCCCAGGGCUCCAAGGGUGCCCAGGGUUCCAAGGGUGCCCAGAGUGCCCCAUGUGCCCAGGGCUCCGAGGGUGCCCAGGGUGCCCAGGGCUCCAAGGGUGCCCAGGGUUCCAAGGGUGCCCAGAGUGCCCAAGGUGCCCAGGGCUUCAAGGGUGCCCAGAGUGCCCAAGGUGCCCAGGGCUCCGAGGGUGCCCAGGGUGCCCAGGGUGCCCAGGGUGAUGGAGUAAGCAGCGGCUGUUUACAUAAAAAGUGA